AUGUGGAGGCCUGCCGUUGGCUGCGAAAACGUUGGGAAGUUUGAUGCGUUUCAAAAGAGGGAAAAGGAGUGGCUGUUUGUGCAGAACAGUGAGCUUUGGAAGCUGGGUGUAUGCCACACUGGAGUUUUACAAGCUCUAAGGCUGAAUUAUCUUCAUUUACCAUCUCACCUCAAGGAUUGCUUCUCCUUUUGCUCGAUUUUUCCAAAAAGAUAUGAAAUCCAGAAGGAAAAAGUAAUCCGAUGGAUGGCAGCAGGCUUAAUACUAUCAGAUGGUGCAAACAAACCGCCAGAGGUUAGAGGUGAUGAGUACUUUCAGGAUUUAUUGUGGAUGUCUUUCUUUCAGGAUACAGGAGAAGCUGGCAAAAAUGGCAUAAAAAGAUACAGAAUGCAUGAUAUUGUUCAUGAUCUAGCACAAUCCAUCACAAGAAAAGAGUCUGUCAUACUAGAGCAAGCCUCCCUUCUGGAAUUGCCUUUUAUUGCAAACAUGAUAAACCUAAGGCAUCUCAAUAUAACUGGAUGUGAAGCACUAACUUCCAUGUCGCCUUUCUUUAAUGGAAGAAGAUACAGUAGCUACAUUACAGAUGAGCAAAAGCUCAGGACUAUAUCGGGGGAAAAAUUAUGA